AUGCCUCAGACCUUUAACUAUCCUCAUAUCCGUGAUAUUCGGACAGAUAAUAUUCAGAUAUACAGGGUGCUCAACCACGAACACAUUUGGCGUACUUCUUUUGGGAGUUUUAUACUUUGGAGCUUGAUGAUUGGAACUACUCAGAGUAAGUCACAGAAGAACAGACGAUUACAAAAGGAACAAGGGCGUGGGGUACUUAGAGCAUCUGGACUUCUCGGAGUUUAUCCUCAUAAAAAAAUGUUCAGCGAUAUGUGCAUGUUAGGAUCUGUUGAAUUCACUGCUCAACAUUUCUUAGCAUGAAGAUAUAUAUGGAUUGUGGAAUUAUUGUUGCUAUGCAUAUAUGAGGAAGCUCUACAAGUCAGGCUCUAUGCAGUAAUUGCAAAUGACAGGUGUAUAGCAUAAAGCCACAAAAGAUAUGUCAUUCAUUUGUCUCAGAUGCCUACUAGAUUCAUAUAUAACUCAAUUUGUCUUAUUCAUUGGGUUUCGAGUUUUUUUUUUAAUUCCUCCACAUCUCCAUGAAGAGCGUAAUUAAAAACUACUGUAAAUUUAGUUUCUGUUGGAUUGAUUGUAGAACAAUUGGGAGUAUUUUCCACUAUUUUUUGGUGAUGGUGACAAAAAAAGUUAAAAUCAUUUUGGGACCUGCUAUUUUGUUUAAUAUGGUAUGUUAUUGAAUAAUCAGUAGUGAAACAUACUCCUACUUGACUUUAUGUUGCUUGACAAGCAUGCGAAUUUGAAUAAUAGUAUAUCUGAAAUAUUCAAGAGAAUAAAAAUCAUAUCAUAGCUAGCAAAUAUGUAUUUUUAAAUAAAAUUUGAUCUAGAGUUGUAUAUUACUGUAUACUGUUGUUGAUCUCAAUGAAUCGAAUUUGUAAAAUAUGCAAAACAUGUUAGUUUUAUUUUUAUACCUUUACCUUAAGAUUUAGGAAUAAUUUACUGUCUUGUACAUCAGGGCUGUCCAACAUACGGCCCGCGAACUCCUUUCUUGCGGCCCGCUUCACGGGUCAUGUAUACAUCACAUGUAUAAAUUACUCUCAAAUACCGAAUAUGCACAAUUCUUACAUUAACUCUGUAAUAAUGUUGUAUAGAAAAAUUUUAUAAUGCGGCACUCCAAACUGCAUUUUUUUGAAGUGACCCUUGGGCCACAUUAAGUUGGACAGCCCUGUUGUACAUGAUUAGAUUCGCAUUCGUGUUUUCAGUGUUGUACAGGUUUUGAUUAAAGUAUGACUCAACAUGUUGAAGGUUAGAGUUCGAAUCAAAACUAAGAUUUCUAGAUGAUAAAAUCUGAAGAAUACAUUUUAUGCAGUCAUACAUUAAUCUGUACGAAACGUAACGAAUGUCUUUUCGCUCCGAAAAUAUUAUUGAUUUUUUCAAUAAAAUCUUUUCUCAGA